AUGUCGUUAUCUAGUGAUCUGGAGGAUAACAGGAAAAAGCAUACUAAGAGGCAGAGCGCUAAUAGUCCGCUAGCAGUGUUGUCUCCAUCUGUUCGCCCGCAGACCACAAAAUUAUCUCGUUUGUCGGGAACUCCCUUGGAACGAAAGCUUGCAUAUAUCAAUCAAAUUGACCCCAAUAUUGAUGCCACUCUUCUCGAACUGUAUUCUGUCGAGAAAGACAGAGUUCCAACAGUAAUAAAUCCAGAUCCGAAUAUUGAACAAUCAUUGGUAGAAGACACCUUGCAGUUCGAGGAAACUACGAAAGAAGCAAUGGGUGAACGAAGCAUUGCAUCAGAAUGCGAUGACGUCGUAAACAUUACCGAUGUGACAUCAUCGUCGGUGGCUGCUGCAUUGAGCCCUGGAAUGUCUAACGAAAUGAAGUCAGCAAUAAAAACAUAUUUGAAAUCCACUUCGAUGUAUUCUACUAGUUUACUGGAAUCAAAAGCUGAACUGUUGAAUGUUGUUGAAGAUGUUGCUGGAGUUGGGAAGAAUGAUGAUACCGAAGAGCUGAACAUCAGUGUUUCUACACGUGCUUCUCAAGAAAAAGUUGUAGGGAACAAUUCUAUAUAUUCUGUCAAAACUGAUCUAUCUGUACCAGGUUCAAAACCUUCUGCCAGAACGACUGAAACCAAUUCUUGCUCUGCAAUUUUAUGUGAGACCAUAGAUAUGAACAAUGUUAUCGAAGCCCAAUUUACUGAAGCAACACGUUCUCCAGUUUUGCAAGUUGAAAAUGCGGAGAUUAUUUCUUCAGUGAUACCGAAGUGUCUCACAACACAAGUAGAUGAAAGAAUGGCAUAUCCAGAUAAGCUAGAAAAUCUUACACUGUCGGCACGCAAAAAUAGAGUUUUUGCAACUAGAAAUUUGAAUUUGGAUAACCUAUCUUCACCGCGAGAGUUGGCGAGCUAUGCUGAAGAACGAGCACAAAAUUAUUCGUUUCUUAUUAAUGAAGCCUAUUGUGAAACAUCGAUGUUCUGCGAGAAUUGUUAUGCUAUGCGCAUCGAACUAGGACUUCUUUCGGAUAAGUUUGCAGCAUUAACAGCUACUAUUGGGGGUUUGGCUGCAGAAGGGAAUAUGACUUUUGUUGCCGAGCUGGAAAAUUUACUGAGAGGGAAAGAGGCAGAAAUUAUAACACUGUCAUCGAAGUUAAAGGAUUUAACUCACUCAAAUGAUCAGUUAAGCAGACAAAAGGAAAUUGCUGAAAAGGAUUCUGAAGAUUAUAGAUUUUUUUUCAAGGAUGAAAUAAAAAAGAAGUUAGGAGAAAUAGAUAUACUGCGGAGAAAGUUGUACGAAGCAGAACAUUUGAUAGAUGAGUUGAAGCAAGGGAAGCCAAAGCAGUCGACCAAGAAAAACACUUCGCAAGCUGACGUUGAAUUUAAUACAUCUUUAGUUGAGAUUGAAAUUAUGCAACAGCAGCUCGAUACAGCACAUUCUUUGCAUCGGGAAGCUCAACAAAGGAUAGAGGAACUUGAAAGCAAACUGCAAAAGAUUGUAGAGGAAAAAAGUCAGCUCUCCUUAAAACUUCAAGAUUUGGAAAAUGAGAACAACGAUGGGAUGAUAUCAGAUGAAAACAAGCACGUCUCAAUUAUAUCUCUGUUGGAAGCUAAAGUUGCAGAACUUGGGAAUAAAAUUGAUGAGGCUGUUCGUACAAAAAAUGAUGAAACCAUAAGGCAGAAAUCAUUUUUGUUGGAAAAGGUGACAUCACUACUGGAGAAAAUUAAGAGUGAUGUGAAAAGCAACAUAUUCGCUAAUAAAUGGGAUGCAGACGAUGUAGAAAUUUCUGUUACCUAUUUUGAAAAAACUGUAAACAUUAUUUGUCAAGAUAUUCCUCAGUUUGAGACAUUGGUCGAAACAGUAGCUCAACAUGGAAAAUUGGCUAGAAAUGAGUUCAAGCAGUUAGAGGUGAUGAUGGAAAAAGUGGUAGAAGAAAAAAACAAAUGGGAGAUGUUAUUUACAAAUGAGAAAUCAAAGCUUGAUAGUUUGCAAGAAUUGAUGCUAACUCAGUUUUCUGAAAACAAGAAUUGUUUCUCAAGUUUAUUGCAGGGUUUCCAAAACAAAUGGGCAGAUACGCUGUAUUCUGUGACAGAGUUUACUAAAACAAAAUCUGAAGAAAAUCGAAAUGGUGCUAUGUUAAAAAUGCUACGUCAUAUAGAAGACCUUCAGGAAAAAUUGAAUGAUAAGUGGUCGAAGGAUUCGGAUGAGAUGCACUCUUGUCUGAAAAAACAAUAUUUUAUUGUAACUUCAUUUCAAGCAGAAAUGCAAGAAAUGAGUAAUAAAAUAAAAAUACUACAUGAGUCUGUAGAGAAAGACUUUAAAAACUUAAAUGUAUUGCUGGAUAGCUUUCAAGGUCGAGAAGCUAAACAGUUGGGACAUAGUGAAAAAGAAGCAGAUACUUUCAAGCAAAUAUGCGAACAUGGUGAAGAAAUAAUGCAGGGUCUACAAAGGUCGGUCCAGCAUUUGCAGAAAGUUGAGGAAGAUAUAAGGUCUCAAAACACAGCUUUGUAUAAAAAUUUGGAUUUCGGAAGUGAAAAUUUUGCUCCAGUAAUUGAUGUUACUGAAAAUUUGACAAGGGAAAAAGAUAAACUGGAAAAUGAAAAUGCAGCACUCAGGAGUACGAUUUUGAUAUUGGAAAAAGAAAACAUAGAUUUAAAAGAGAUGAGAAAAAUAACUGUACAAGAGAAAGAAGUUCAAGAGCUAGAACACAGAUUAAACCUUUUGCAAAAAGAAAAUGAACGAUUAGGAAAAGCGUGCGAUGAUGCGGAUGAAGAAGUCGGCGACCUUAAAGAGCAGAUAUUUGAACUGUUGCGUGUAAAUGCCAAGCUUCAAGCUAAAAUGCAUGGCGAAGAUGAAGAAGCUGUAAACCGGAGAAUGGGCUAUAUUGAACCACCAGCAAUUCUUCCUGGAAUUCAUCUUUCAGCUCACGAAACUUCAUCAGGAGUGAAUUUGCCAAAUGCAAAAAUAGAGGAUGUAACAGAAAGUCGUUUCAAAUCAAAACUGGAUAUUAAUGUUGAUAACGUAGUAAUGGAAGAAGCAGUAGAAGAAAGAAAGGAGAUACAGAAAUUAAUGGAAAAAGAAAAUGUGUUAGCAGAAGCUGCAAAGGCUUUAGUCAAGAGUAAAUCUUCUGUAGAAUCACCAAAAUCGAAGAUAACCCGAGAUCAGUCGUGUCGCACCUCAUGA